GCCCACUCCAGACUGGCUGACAACCUACACAGCUCCCCCGGACUUUCCUGACUUUUCCAUCUCCUCCCACCCAGCUAACCCCCCUCGACUCGCGACGCGGAUGGGCCGCCGGAGGACCCUGCGAGCAUGCGCGACCAUCCCGAGCAUGCUCAGUAGCGCGCGCGGCGCCCCGGAGCUUUUCCCCCGAGCAGCGGCCGACGCGGAGGUUUCCGCGGCUUCUGCGGCAGCGACGGGAAGUGAGGCGGCCCGGCCGGGCGACCGCGGCGCGGGGAACAGAGGCGGAAGGGUCGCUGCGGCGACGACGUCGUCGACUAGGGUGACCGAGGGGGCUGAGCGCCGAGGGGACUCGCCUGCUCGGAAGCCAGAUCCCGAGCCGGGCAGGAUGGAUCAUCACCAGCCCGGGACUGGCCGCUACCAGGUGCUUCACAAUGAAGAGGAUAAUUCAGACUCAUCCGCUGUAGAGCAGCCAUCAACUUCCAACCCCACACCACCGACUGGGCAGCCUGCUCCCUCCGCAUCGGGGCUUGAAACUGACUCUUCUCCUCCACCCUACAGUAGUAUUACUGUGGAAGUACCUACAACUUCAGAUACGGAAGUUUACAGUGAGUUUUAUCCUGUGCCACCUCCUUACAGUGUUGCUACCUCGCUUCCUACGUAUGAUGAAGCGGAGAAAGCCAAAGCUGCUGCAAUGGCCGCUGCGGCCGCAGAAGCAUCUCAAAGAAUUCAGGAGGAAGAGUGUCCACCAAGAGAUGACUUCAGUGAUCCGGACCAGCUCAGAGUGGGGAAUGACGGGAUUUUCAUGCUGGCAUUUUUCAUGGCAUUUAUUUUCAACUGGCUUGGAUUUUGUUUAUCCUUCUGUAUCACCAAUACCAUAGCUGGAAGGUAUGGUGCCAUCUGUGGAUUUGGCCUUUCCUUGAUCAAGUGGAUCCUCAUUGUCAGGUUUUCUGAUUAUUUUACUGGAUAUUUCAAUGGACAAUAUUGGCUUUGGUGGAUAUUUCUUGUACUUGGCCUGCUGCUUUUCUUCAGAGGAUUUGUUAAUUAUCUGAAAGUCAGAAACAUGUCUGAAAGUAUGGCAGCAGCUCAUAGAACAAGAUACUUCUUCUUAUUAUAGAGACUGCGUUGACCAGACAUUCCUUUCUUAUAUCAAUGUGAAAUUUCCAGAUCAUCUGUAAACCUACAACUUUAAUAGAAGACUACUAAAAACAGAAGACAAAUUAGUGAAGAAAAGAUAGAGCUUCCAAAUUGAAUGGCAGAGUGGUUUACGCUUAAAAGCCGUUUCUGUUCAUUCUCUUAAACAUUUAUAUUUCAUUUGUUUUGCACAUUUGCAUAUGUGCCCAUUUUAAAGAUUUGCGUAUACUUGAAGGAAAGCAUAAAGUUGUAGGACUGAAAGUCCAGUCACAUUUGAUUAAUCAGUGUUUGGUAUAAUUGAAAGGGUUGAGUGAUAAACAGUCUUCCAGCAUGUAUAUGCCAUUGACUUCUGACCUGACAUUUAGCAUAAUAAAAAUGCAAUUAACCAUGUCAAAUGCUUUAGUUUCUGGCUUUCAGAUUUACCUGGUAACUCUACACAUGAAGCAUCCUUUGUUAUAUAUAUAAUUUUUUGAAACCUGCAGUGCUGAUUACUAGAAAGGCUUUGUCCGAUUUUUGAACAUGAUAUUUAUACAUCAUUAUUUAGCAAAACUCUGUAAAUAACCAUGCAUAAAUUACUUUCUGCAUUGUUUUCUUAGAAAUUGUGUCUAGAUUCUUUUCACUAAUUCUAAAUUAAGUGGACUUAAUAUAUAUAGAAAAUUUGGGUGUUAAAAAGAGUUUGUUUUAGGACACAUUUUAAGAAAAUAUGGGUAUUCCACAUGUCCUUUAUAAGAAAAUUUUUUUUUUUUAAGGGACAUGCCAGUUUUUAGGGAUCUUCAAAUGAGAAGCUUGGUUUUUCAGCAUUGUCUGUCUUAGAGAUUCUUGCAGGAAGAGAUUGUAUUAGAUAGUAUAUUUAUUUCAUUUAAGGCUUUUGGCAGUUACUUUUCUGAAUAAGAUAUUUUCAUUUGCAUUUUGUCUUUUAAAAAGCCAAUAAAAGUAUCUUUCAAUAUCAUUGUAAUAUUUUUUCUUUAGAUGCUUAGUUUAACUUAGCAAAUAAAAAACUUGUGCUUUUAAUAGCUUAUUGCUUUAUGAUUGUAGAAUUAACUUGUAAAAAAAAUCAUUUACUGAUAUGUGAAGUAUCUGUUUUCAAGUUAUGGAAAUGUCUGUGGAAUAUAAGAGUGUGGGUGAGUGUGUGGCUGUUGUAUGUGUGAAUAUGUAUUGUUACAACUGGAAUCUGUUUUACAUUCAUGAGCUACUACACUUUGCAAAUCAUUUUGUGUCUCAUCUGUUUUCUUUUCAGUUACAUCUUUGCUUUUGAAUGCCAACAUUAAAAAUGAUGGGAAUUAUAUCAUCUUUUAAAUUUAAAAAUCAUUUGAUACAGGUAUAGAAAACAUAUAAAAUUGAUUGCUUGUUUAUUAUUAGACACUGACUACUAAAAGAUACAUCUAAAACUUCAGGGUCAUUUUUCCAUUUCUGAAAAAAUAAAAUUUAUUAUGCUUUAUAACUUUUGUAUUUCUCUGUAUUCUCUUAUUUUAUUGUUUUUGAUAAAUAAACCAUGCAGUUUUGUUUUGCUAACCGAGCCUCCUAUUUUUUGUUUUCCCUCAUUCAUUCUCCCCUGCAUAGAAUUUCAAUUGUUGAUUGAAGUAGCUAUGUUACACCCCUUAAAGUAAAAUAGUAGCCUGGGGUAAAGAAAAUAAAAUAUUUAAUUUAGUUGCCUGAUUUGGAAAUUAAUUAAAAGUAGAAUUUACUUAUUACAAAUGUAAACUUGUGCUAAUCUCUUUAUUGCAGAUUAAUUUCCCAUAGACCUAUACUUUGCUCUUUGUAAUAAUUUUUAAAUCAAAUUAAGCUAUGAUACAUGGUUAUUUAAAACUACUAGAUCAUCUAUCAUAAAACUUUUUUUGUUUUUGUGGUGUUUAUACUUACUUGGUUUUGGCAUGUAGAUGUUGACCCAAUGUCAAAACUUCACUCUUUGUUUUGAUUUUUUUCCCCCAAACCUGUAAGAUUCAAGUGUACGUGUUACCUAAUUCUCUGUUACUGAUAUAAUUCAUUUGUAGUCUAAAGUCUCUUCAUCCAAUCAGGAGAGUCAGAAUAUUAUUUUUAAAAAGUGAACAUUCCCUUCUGGGUUUGUCACGUGCUGCAUGCGCCCCCUCAUUUCCCGUGAGCUUGCACAGAAGAGCUGCUGUCGGGUUUUAGAGACACUUAACCGCCUCUGCACUCUGCCUUAUAGAUGGAAAAUCAGAAUCCUUGUUAGGGUGUCUAAACAACUUCUGAAUGAAUGUGAACUUGGGGCUUGGAAGUUAAUGCAAAAAUGUAUUAAAUUAUUUCUACCAUAUUUGAAUAAGCUAGUGAUGGCCAGAAUAAUCCAUUUUUGUGUUUUUAUGAAAUAAGCUGAAUUUAAGGUAAAAAUACAUUUUCUAUAUAGUGUGUUUGGGAUUUUUAGAAACUUAAAAGACGUUCUCCUUUACUUGGUUAAAAUGAAAAUGUCUUUUUAAUAGAAAAAAUACCAAUCUCUGGUCUUGUAUUUUGAAUCUAUAAGCUAUAUCCCAUUCCUUUGAAGUUCAUAAAUUAUAACCUAAGACAAUAAUCGCUAACAUUUCCAGCAAAACUUCUAUAAAAAGGAAAGUGGAGUUCAGAAAGUCCAACUGGA